CAUGCAGAGGAGGACCAUACUGGUCUGGCCUACGAAUUGCUGUCAGAGGGCCCCAAGUUCUGAGAACUACUUCACCUGGUGGCUGAUACCCACGGCCCUCGAUAAGAUGUGGACCAUCUGUACAUCGUGCCACUACGCCAGCGAGGAUCACAAAAUUUUUGAUAUUCAUAACAAAUUGGGUGGCGCUGGCUGCCAAAUUGUACGCCACCGUCGAGAAAUUUUGAGUCUGAGCAGGAAGAUGGCGGGUAAAGUGGACCUCAAAGUAGUUCUUCUGGGCAAGGAGUACGGCGGGAAGACUAGUCUGGUGGAGCGAUACAUCCACAACAAGUUUAACUCUAACGCGCCCUACCAGAGUGGUUUGGAAGGUGAAGGGGGUCCAUAUGAGAUGACCAUCGGAGCUGCGUUUGGUGCCAAAGAAGGUUUCAAUAUCUGGAGAGUCAGUCACACUGGGGAUAUGGGACACCGCAGGCUCAGAGAGAUAUGAGUCAAUGAGCAGGAUCUAUUACAGAGGAGCCAAGGCAGCCAUUGUCUGCUUUGGUAUAUAAGCAGGUAACAUGUCAGGUUAAACCAUCAGUUUUCCCUCUCUCCAGACCUGACAGAUCUCUCCAGUUUUGAGCGGGCCAAGUUCUGGGUAAAUGAGCUGAAGCAAACAGAAGAGGAGUGUGUUGUCUGUCUGUGUGGAACUAAGGUGGACCUCGUUGAAGACAGCAAGAAGGCUCGGAAAGUAGAUGUCCACGUGGUGCGGGAGUAUUCAGAAGAGAUAAAUGCAAAGUACAUGGAGACAUCAGCCAAGACUGGGUUCAACAUAGAGACAAUGUUCAUGACAAUUGCUGAGGAUUUUAUGUCUCACAACAAAGCAGCUAGUCCUGAGGUGCCUGGGUCCACACUGCGACUAGAGCAACCACAGACAUCUCGAAGAGGCAAGGACUGCUCGUGCUAGCCUGGCCUCUGCUCUUUUUGUGUUUGUGCGUCUUGUAAGGAUUGUUUCUAUGUCACUAAGACUCUACAUCACUAACACUGAAUUCAGCCUUGUCACCACUGCUGAAAUAGCAAACCAGGAAUGAAAUAAAAUUCAUACUGCACAGUAUACACAGCAUCAAUGAGACAUAAAAGGAG